AUGGCAUCCCCAAGACCCAUCCCCUUCUCCGAACCCCCAUACCUCUCCGGCAUCCCAUCUCCUUACUAUUCGGACUCUCAUCUCUCCUGGCAAAAGAGAUGCCGCGAAUUCAUCUCCAAAAACCUGACCUCCCACGCCAUGGAAUGGGAAACCGCAGAAACAGUCCCCGAACACGUCUUCCACGAUUUCUCGGCUGCAAACAUGUUACUCCCCAGUCUCCCCGCUCCUCUUCCUGUUGAAAGAUUAAAGAGCUUGGGUAUCAAGGAUAUACUUGGUCUGCCAGUGGAAGAGUUUGAUUACUUCCACAAUGCAAUCUACACGGACGAGAUGCUGAAGUCAGGCUUGGCGGGACCGAGUGGGAGUUUGACGACUGGAAUGGCGUUUGGAGUGCCGCCAUUGUAUAAAUUUGGAAGUAAAGAGCUGCAGGAUAGAUUUUUACCGGAUCUGUUGACGGGGAGGAAGAGGGCUUGUAUUGCCAUUACAGAGCCGGAUGCUGGGAGUGAUGUUGCGAAUAUCCAGACUACGGCGGUCAAGAGCAAGGAUGGAAAGACGUAUACGAUUAAUGGAACGAAGAAAUGGAUUACCAAUGGUAUUUGGAGUGAGUUGUCUUGUAUGGCUGUUAGAACCGGUGGGUCGGGUCCUGGUGGCUUGUCGUUGAUGGUUGUGCCGUUGAAGGGACAUGAAGGUGUUAGUAUGAGGAGGCUGAAAGUUAGUGGUCAGAUCAGUGCUGGUACCACAUACAUCGAGCUUGACGAUGUGGUGGUGCCAGCGGAGAACCUGAUCGGAGAGGAAGGCAUGGGUAUGAAAUACAUCAUGACGAACUUCAAUCAUGAACGCCUGACGAUCGCUAUUGGUUGCGCUAGACAGGCCAGAGUCGCUCUCGGUGCAGCAUUCGAAUAUUGCAUGAAGAGAGAAGCAUUUGGGAAAUCUCUCAUGGAUCAACCAGUAGUGCGUCACCGUCUAGCUAAAUGCGGCGCACAACUCGAGGCUCAAUGGGCAUGGACAGAAAGUUUCGUCUACGCCAUGACCAAGCUACCCAAGAAAGAUGCAGAUGUCGAACUCGGCGGUCUAACCGCAGCUGCAAAAGCGCAGGCCGGCGUAGUACUAAUGGAAUGUGCUCAAGCUGCCGUACUUUUAUUCGGCGGUAAUGGCUAUACGAGAUCUGGUCAGGGAGAGAUUGCAGAGAAAAUGUGGAGAGAAGUGCCAGGAAACCGUAUCCCAGGCGGAAGCGAGGAUGUAAUGUUCGAUCUGUCUGUCAGACAACUGGUCAAGAACUACCAGAAUAAGACAAAGAUGCUAGAGAGGCCUCGUGGUUCGUCGAAGCUGUAG